AUGGCCGCCUUUACUCAGCCCAUGCCCAGGGGAUCCGUGCCCAAGGUCGUCCCCGUCAUGAUGGUCGUCGGAAGUGCCGCCGCCCUCUUCACCUUCAUCAACAGCCAGCUCAACCGCCAGUCCAACAAGUUUGACCGAUUCUUCGACCAGUACAACAGCGCCCAGAGCGAGGCCAGCCGCAAAGCCGCAUUCGAAGGCGCCGUCGAGGACCCCCGAAAGAGCUUCUACAACGUCCUCGGCUGGAAGCCCAGCAACUGA